AUGAUAAACAAGGAAGUAGCUGCUGGAACAGAUCCAAAAAAUGUGUUUAGAGUUGAAGAAGGGCAUCGUGCUUGGGCACACGAAGAAGGAGACAGCAUGGAGGUUGGAAGGCAUCUUUACUUUCACUUUCAUCCUUUGUCAAACAAAUUCUUCAUUUUCUCCACUCUCUAUCAAACAACAAACAAAAAUGCUACAUCUCAUUCUACUUCAACUGCUUCUAUCACACUUACACGAACCGCUACCUCUCACUACAACUACAAUUUCUCUUCCUCCUCGCCCUCCGCUUCGUCGCCGAAUUCCGAGUGGCGCCCCGCACGCGCCAACUACGCCGCUUCUGAUCCACGUGACGUUGUCGGCGGCGCGUGCGGCUAUGGCGACCUGGUGAAGGCUGGCUAUGGUAAGGCCACUGUGUCUGUCGAGUCUAUGUUCGAGCGUGGCCAGAUCUGUGGCGCGUGCUUUGAACUUCGUUGGGUAGGACUUGCGUGGUGCAUCCCUGGAACCUCCAUUAUUGCUACUGUGACUAACUUUUGUGCUCCUAAUUAUGGUUUUAAUGCUGAGGAGGCGGCCAUGUAAUCCGCCAACAAGCAUUUGGUGCUUCCUAUUGAAGCUUUUGAGAACGCUAUUUGGAAGGCGGGCAACAUGCCCGUCCAGUAUCGGAGGAUAAAGUGCAGGAAGGAAGGAGGCAUUCGAUUUUCAAUUGAUGGUUCAGGCAUCUUUAUUUCAGUGCUGAUCAGCAAUGUGGCAGGUGCUGGAGAUAUAGUUGCAGUGAAGAUCAAGGGUCAUUUAACAGGUUGGCUUACGAUGGGUAGGAAUUGGGGCCAAAACUGGCAUAUAAAUGCUGAUUUAAAGAAUCAACCUCUCUCAUUUGAGGUCACUAGUAGUGAUGGCCUCACAGUUACAUCUUAUAAUGUUGCUCCUAGGAAUUGGGACUUCGGACAGACCUUUGAAGGCAAGCAAUUUGACUAGAUUACCAUCAAUAACAUAAAUUAUGUAGAAUAGUUUUUUAUUUUUUAGAUUUUAUGUCUUAAAUCUUUUUCUUGUAUUAAUUGGGUGAAGGUGUAUGAUGUGGUGGGGUUUUCUUUGAUGUGGGGAAGUAAGAUACUGAACUGCAAAUGGUACGAUGAUUCCAACAUUUUUUGGUAGCAAACUGCAGAUCAUUCCGAUAAUAUUAUCAGAUCGAUAAUCAUUUGAUAAACUUAUUAGUUAUCUAACUAAUAUUAUUGACUUGAUGAUGUGGGAGAUGCUGUCAUUGUAUUUAAGAGGUGGAAAUGUGGUGGCCUUAAAAAAGCACCUGA